AGGAGCCGCCGCUGCGCUCCCCGGCCCGGCGCGGGGGGAGCGGGCGGCGCCCGCGGAGCUGGGCCAUGAGUGCCUUGAUGUACUGACGCCCAAAGAAGACACCAACCAAAUAUCUAAUCGUUGUAUUGUCCUGCAGUAAUAAACAGUGGAAGGACGAGUAAAACACAUGUUAAAGACACAGCUAAGCUAGCUCAAAGUUUAUUUUGUCCCCAGAGAGGUGGAUAUUCCUUCUUUGUCAGGUGGAAUUAUCUUCAGUGUCAUCACCACAGAUGCAGUCUGCAGAGAACCAAGGGGAAUAUGAAAGUAAGGGAAGCAGUGAUGCUGAACAAAGAUCUGCAAAGAGGCGGGAAGCAAAAGGCAAAGGAAAGAUAAUGAAGUACCUCAAAGUAUUAGCUGAAGGAAAGAAGUUACUAAAAACAUAACUGAAGUUGGAUUGAAGAAGCAGAAGAGAAAAAUGGAAGAAGCAAACCCCAGAGAUUUGUUUUGUCAACAUAAGGGCUCAUCCAAGAAAAGGCCUGGGCUGCUGGCCAGAAUGAAUCCAAAUGUGCCAGGGUAAAACCACUUCUUCUUUUGGUGGAAGAGAAAUUUGAAAACUAGCAUAUGGGGUAUCCCAGGUGGAUGUAUCAUUUCCUUCUUGUAAACCUGGCAGCCAAAUAGCCCUUCCCAAUUCUGAUGGUGCCAGGCACUGGAAAGAGAUUGCUCAGUGGCUGGUCCUUGGUGGCAGGUGCUAAUGAAAAAUCAUGUCAGGUUUCCUUUGCCUGAUCUGUAAACAUGUCCACAGACCUGCUAUGGUGUGAAGAUUGCGGUAAAAGCCUUAUAGGAGAAUGCAGACUCCACGGACCACUCAUCAAGGCUAAAGAUAGGGUUAUUCCUAGCCGAGCCCGUCUCACCCUACCUCAUUACCUCACUUUGCGAGUGUUGGAGCUGCGAGCUGGAAACCAGCAGAUCCUUGGAGUAUUUGCAAAGAAAGUAAUACAGAAGAGAACACAGUUUGGUCCUUAUGUCGGUCAACUGUCUACAAAACUGACCCGCUAUGAUGAGAGCAGGCUAGUCCUGCAGGUAUUGAAAGAUGGAGGGAAGUACUUUCUGGACACUCCCAAUGAAGACUGUGGAAACUGGAUGAUGUUUGUCCGGCUAGCCCGGAACCAAGAAGAACAGACCCUUGUGGCUUAUCAGCACUGUGGAGAAGUCUACUUCACAACUGUUAAGCCAAUUGAACCCCACACAGAACUGAAAGUGUGGUAUGCUGCCGAUUAUGCCAAAUUUAUGGAAGCUUCUGCGGUCUUCAUUAAAGAAGAAUCUGAUGUCUAUCCUUUGCCUCCCGUAGGAAAGGAGCCCGUAGACCCUUGGAUAUGCUCCAGCUGUAGAAGCACUUUUGCAACUUUUGCUCUGCUGGAAUCUCACCAGUGCAUCCUUAAAGACCGAGUCGUUACCACCAAGUUCAGACCACAAAAUAAAUUGGGACCUGUAAAAGCAAAAAGCAAAGUUAAAGGGAAACUGAGGGGAACAGCAUUAGGCAAAAGCAUUGCUCAGUGCUUUGGGACCAUUUCCUGUUCCUCUGCUGCAAAGCUUGGCUGUGCCAGCUCGGGAAGCACUUGUGAUGCUCUUGUGAGGUUUAUACCUAAAUGGAGAAACAGCCGGUCUUCACUGUUGAAGGGAAGAGAAGUGAAGCAGCCAGACAGUUACCCGUGCCGACUCUGUGGGAAGAUAUUCGAUUCCAUUGACAAGCUCACAGUCCACAGUUACGUGCACAAAGGGGAGCGUCCCUACAAGUGUUCACAGCACGGAUGCGCAAAAGCCUUCAUUUCCAAAUAUAAACUGCUCAGGCAUUCAGCCACUCAUUCUCCACAGAAAUCUCACCAGUGUGGCUACUGUGAGAAGACCUUUCACAGGAAAGACCAUCUAAAGAACCACCUUCAGACUCAUGACCCUAACAAGAUGGCCUUCAAGUGUGAAGACUGUGGCAAGAAGUACAACACCAAGCUAGGCUAUAAGAGACACUUGGCUCUGCAUGCAGCCACCAGUGGGGACCUUACCUGUAGGGUAUGUGCCCAGGAGUUUGGUGGUACUGAAGUUUUGUUGGAACACCUCAAAAGCCAUGCAGGGAAGCCAGCUGGCAACACAAAGGAAAAGAAACAUAAGUGUGACCACUGUGAGCGUCACUUCUAUACCCGUAAAGAUGUGCGACGUCACAUGGUAGUUCACACAGGCUGCAAAGACUUUCUGUGCCAGUUUUGUGCCCAGAGGUUUGGGCGGAAGGACCACUUGACCCGCCAUACUAGGAAGACUCAUUCACAAGAACUGCUGAAAAGCAGGUUGCAGAAUGGUGAUUCAGUGGGUCUCCUUGACCAGCUUUUUCCAUUCAGACUGAAGGAAGAUGCCAGCACACUGCCCCCUUUUCCUGAAGGGGUCUCUGUGCAGAAUGGGAUUUUGAAUAGUUCAGAAUCAGAGGAAUACAACUGUUCACAUCUCCAUUCCCAGCCGAGCUUACAAACCGCUCUUCCUCUUGAAACUUCUCACUUGCAAAGGAUGGGCUGUGCAGACGGCCUUCCAGCUGUCCAUCCCGCACCAUGCUCAGCAGCCAUUCCUGCCAACCUGAACCUUCAGCAGCCUAAUAAAUAUGACAUUAGUUCUACCUCAUUUGCAGCAGGAUCCCUCAAGAAUCUGCCAAUAAAAGUGGAUGUUAAAGGUUACAAUGUGCAUCUUGAGGACCUGCCGUUACCAGAACCUCAGUCUCUCCACAAAAUCAGUCUGGAAGAAGCUUCCUCAGGGCCUGCAGGGGAUACUAACAAGUAUCCAGUGCACAAGGAGACAGAAGCAGCAGCUGAAACUACGAGCCUGCCUUUCAUGGAUCUAACUCAUGUGAUGAGUUUCUGGCAGCUCCCACCAGGUGACAACCAGAACACUACUGGGGACAUCACGAUGACAUUUGGUCCAGAGGAACCAUCACACAGGCUGAAUGGCCUUGGCCAACAGCAAGGUCUUCAGCUAGCAGCUGGUGGGAUGGCCAUAAACCAUCUGCAUCAUCUUCCUCGUUCCUUUCCAUCCACUACCAAUUCUGUAACGUUGCCUCAUUUUCACCAUGCCUUCAAAUAACUGUCACUGUGGUUUGGCUGGGCUUUUUUUUCGAGACUGUUCUUUUUAAAUGUGUUAGGAUGGGGUGGUGUGGUUUGGUUUGGUUUUGAAGAAAAACUGCCCCAAACAUUUUCAAAGCAUGUUAUGAACAUGGUAGUUAUAUUCAGGAUGUUAAUAAAUAAGAAGCUCUAUUUUUCAUACUACUAUUAGGUUUUUAGCAUAUGAAAAUAGGAGAACUAACAUACUUCCCUCAACGCCCUCUAUAUUUUUGUUUCUACCUUUUCAUGCAAACAACUGAAUAAAUACCUGCAAUGACAGCAAAGCAUCAUAACAGGCACAAUGAAACUGUGGCUGCUGCAGUAGGAGAAAUAGGAUUAGGAUAAAUGGGAAGAAGGGGGAAAUCACAGGAAAAUCAUUUUAAUGAGCCAUAAAUCACAGCAGAUUUAUACACGUAACAAACAAUUUAUCAACAUCACAUAGAUUUCUGUUAAGCGCUUAAUUACUGAACUUGAUGAAUCUUUAAUUUAAAUCAGAAUCAUUCCAAGAGUAAAUCUUCCCUCCUUUUUUCACUUUUUUUAAAUGAAGAAGAUAACUGUUGUGAUUAUGUUUAACUAGAUUUUGUUUUCUGAAGUGCAACUGAGCUGUGUGCAUCUCCUGCAUUUUUUUUUCUAGGGCUGGAAAUAACUACCACUUCUGCAUGACUGUGUAAGAACUGAUGUCUUGUAUACGUGCAGCUUUCAGAAUGGGAAGUGAGUUGUCUCAAAGGUUAGAGCAAAACAUUAGUUUUCACUUACAACUGGAUCUGGCAAGGUAUCAGACACUGGUCUGUCUCUUUCUCUCUCAUGAAACACUGAAGCAUUUGGUUAAAUUUAAGCACUUGUUACCCCACUGGGCUAAGGCUUAAUUGAUUUAACACUCAAUAAAAAAUAAUGCUUCCUACCUAAGGGGCCUUUAUUCACGUUUUGUUGAUAAAAAUGGCCUUUGUUUAGUCUGGGAAAUUAUCAUUAGUCAUAGCCAUCUGAAAUGUGGAUUCCUUCACAGAAAGCCAACCCUGGCCCAGGGGAGCCUGUGACCAAGUGACACCUCUGUGGUGCCAGGGGCAGGUCCAUGUAUAGAAGGGCUGCAGGGGUGCGUUGACACUGGGCCCCUGUUUACAACCAGGUUAUGAACCUGCCUCACAAGUGUUGCCUGAAAUUAGUGGGUGUGAUAACAGCUGAGGCCAUUUUAAUCAUAGGGCUUUUGCUCAGUAGCAUUGGGACAGCUACAGCUGGACUUCCAGCCUUAGUUUCUUCCAAACCAGAACCAUGUGGACUUUUGUUUGUUUCCUGGGGUAAAUUGUCCAUGUACAUUUCCAGUUGAUGAUGUGUUGGUGUGACAGUCCUAUCAUCUGAUGCGUGAACUAGCAGAAACUGCAAAAAUCACAUCUCCCAGCAGAUGACAUUUUAAAAAAAAACCCAACAAACCAAACUGUUCACGAUUUACUUUCUUGCCUAACCCAUAGUUACAAAAAAAAAAAUAAUCCUGGUUUCAGUGGAUGAUGCAGUUACUGAUGGAUUCCGUUGCAGCUAAAAGAGACACAGGAUUUCUCAAUCUGAGUAGAUUCUCAAACCCUGAGAGCUACUCUUCCAUUAAAUCCAAAGAGAGUUAAUAGUAUUUAAUGAUCAUUACAAAUACAGCAUGAAGCAAAUGUGUUCUCUUCCCCCCCAUUAAUUCACAGGAAUAUUUCCCAACAGCUUCAAAUAAAAAAUAUUUUUAAAUGAUUGCUGGUUUGCUGUUAAUGAACUACAAUGACAUUGUACAACUACAGUGAUGCAAAUAUUCUUACAAGUUUAUCAGUACUUGGAUUAAGGAAAGGUUGUUGUAUUACAGUUCAUGCGAGAAUAUGUUCUUCAGAUACACUGUUGGAGGGGUAUUUUUUGUUAUGAAAAUUUUUGGCAUAAGGCAAACCAGAAGGAAGUUUAAGAUCAUUCUUGUAAUGAUAACAGGAGGAGGAAGAGUGGUGCUGCACAGCCAUGCCCAGUUAGCAGCUGUUACAGGUAGGCUCAUAUUUUCAUCUGGACUUAGAAAGGUGUGUGUAUAUUCACUUACUGCAUUGUUUUCCUUGUUCCUGCAAAUUGUAUUCACUUGGCUUCAUUUAAGCUUAUGUACUUGUAAGAAAAAAACCAAACAAACCAACCCAGAAAUUUUGUAGUACUGCCUGAUCGUAUACUGUUAAUAGACAUUUUUUUAUUUUGGUUUGUGCUUCUAUAAAACAUGUAACUAAUUACUGAAAUACAUUGAAUUAAAACAGAGAUGUUAAGAAGAAAACGUUUUGCAAACACUGAGCUAGACUGACACGUGUUCUUUCAGCUGCUCAACUGUAGCAGGGUGCCUGAGCUCUGAGCUGCCAAGAGCGGUGCUGCUGCCUGACCUCAGCCUGUUCUGAAACAUGGAAAGAUGCAUUGAUAAGAGAUGCUUACCAUAUGUAACUACAAGUUAAAGACCAAGCCUCAUUCAAGUAAAAAGAAAAUAACCACCUUUGAUAUUAAAAUGCUUUAAAAAAAAAUCACACAAUGAUUGUGUCAAAAAGUAAAGCAGAAGCAAACCUUAGAUACGUAAUAUUGCAGCUUUAACUCUUAGUCCAUUCAGAUUUCUUUUUGCAGAUUCUUGACAUCAUCAGUAUAGAGGAAGCUGAUGAUAUCCCACCACAAAGGCAGGCAGGUUAUUUCAAAAGGUUCUGUUCGCAGAAAAAAUGUUUUGUUUUAAAAGUCUUACAACUCAGGGGGUACAUCCAAGUCAUCUAAUAAAAGUAGGUCUGGACUUUCUCAUAGGUUUGUUAGGGGGACUUCUGUGAGCAUUUUUGAGAGGCCAGCAGUAGCUGAGGCUCGAGAAUGAUUUGUUUCUGUGCAAACAAAUUCUUUGGGCUCAGCAGACCUGCCUGGUGUGGGCCCGAAUACUGCAUUGCUGAAAGAGCAGUAGUUUCCGUUUCGUGGGGCUAAUAUCAUAGGCAAGGCAGUGCUAAAGGAGGGGUGCGGGAACAGAGCAGGUCCUCGCCAGCUCUCCCUGGGCUCACCUGUGUGUCUGAGAGGAUGGGGCUGCACCAGGCAGGCACGUGUGACUUCAGGCAGUGACAGUGGAGAAGGCAGCAAGAGCUGCAGGACAUCUGUCCGGUGGCACUGCCUUUGGCUCAUGCACCGGUGUGGGGAGAGGUGGCUCCGCACACGCCGGGGUGCAGCGGAGGAGGAAUGCAGCCCAACCAGUAGCCGGUCCUCCCUCCUCUCUGGUACAAAUGGGAGAAGAAGGUGCAAGGGCAGAGAGCUGGCAGGGGGAAGGCAGCUGCUACGCCAUGCUAAGAGAUGGAACGGAAGGAUCUGGGAGAUCUCAGUCCUUUUUACCUCACAUCCUAAUAGAGAUAAAAAUACUUUUUAAUCUGAAUCUGCUUGAAAAUCUGUAGAAGCAGAGCAAUACGUGGCUGCUAAACAACAGAAUUACUAUAAUCAAAUGAUACCAUAAAAUAGUGAAACUUGUAAAACAUUUGGUCUCAUACAAAAAAAUAAAAGGAAGCCAUGUAAACCUGCUGAAAUAACGUUAAGGAGCUAAAAUUAGACUACAUGGAACCAAAAGACUGCAUCCUUCAUGUAAACAUAAAUAUUUCUAGUGCUCAGUUCCAGUCCCCUAUAGGAACCACAUUAAUUUCUUUUUUCCUUCAGUUUUUACCAGCUGUUCCUGUUGGGAUGCUCCAUUUUCUUAACCAAUGAAUUGCUGUUAAUUCCAGGGAGUUUUUCACAGGCUGAAAUAGGGUGGUAAGUUCCAUGUAUUAAUAAUUGAUCCAUUUCCUGCUAGCAGAAUUUUUAAGUACUGUUCUUCAAUACACUGUUCCUGCCCCUAUAAUUACAUUUUAUGUAAGCUACUGGAAAGUGAGCUGUGAAAUCAAACACUUCUGCACACAGACAGAAAAUAACCAGGGAGGCAGGAGCAACAACAAAAAUACAGUAAAACUUGCUCUAACUUUUGAGGAUUUGCUUGUAAAAGAAAGCAACUGUGGUAACAUUGCACAGAAUAGUUUGGCAUGAGAUUCCCCCCGCUCUUCUUUCUGGAUUGAAAAAAAGGCUAAGCAGCACUGCUUUAAUAUAUUUGGGCUAAUUUCCCAGCUGUUUCUGAGUCUAGCUCUAGGAGUUACACUUCCUUCAGUGUAAUUCUUUCUGUAUUUAUCUAAUCACUAUUAGCUAGAGCCUACGUAGUGUUUCAUUAAACUCUGUAAGGUCUGGUAUUUAUUACUGCUGUGUCCAACUACUUUCCAUCUUCAUUUACUUUAUAAAUAUUUAAUAGGCAAGAAAAUUCCUAUGGAUUUUAAUUGAAAGCCUUAUUGGAAAUUUUUGGGCUAAAAAGACCCAACAUGUUGAAACACUGGAGUUUAUGCAAGGUGAUCCAAGGCUGGUAAUAGUCAGGUGGCCAAAAAAUAAGAAGGGAUGUGCCUCCAGAACAUUUCUGUCUUACCAAUCAAUCUCUAAAAGCAAUUGAAGUUUUUAAAUGUGAGAAUGAGAUUUGGGUUUAGUUAUUCUGAACUUGAAGCGCUUUGAAACUGAUGCACAGCACACAUGGCCAUUUAUCACUUAUCAAUCACUGUCAUUUAUCAUUUAUUGCUUACUGGAAGAUUCUAUUAAAUAUAUACAUGAAAUUCCAAAA